AUGACUCAAAAGGAGAAAGAGAAAUACGAGGUUAUAAUUCCAGUCGUCAACUUAUUUUGGGUACCUGCAACUUGGUUCGUUUCGGCGCUCAAUGAAGCUGUCAGCGCUGGCAUCUUAAAGAAUGAAUCCGGGGCUAAACUCAUCAUGGAGGAAUUUCUAGAAUUUCGCGCUAAUUGUGGCGCCCUUUGGAGCUACAACUGGGUCAGCAUUCCUAUGAUCUACACCCAAGUUUGCACGUUGUCGACUUAUUCUUAUUUCAUCGCCUGUCUGAUGGCCCGCCAGUACACGGGCCCUAGUCUGCAAUCGUUGGAAGACAUUGACAUUGUCCUGCCUCUCGGUACAAUGAUGGAACUUAUUUGUUACGUUGGUCUCUUAAAAGUGGCCGAACAGAUCAAAAACCCUUUUGGAGACGCUGAUGAGGAUUUUGAUCUCAACUUUCUCAUCACUCGUCAUCUCAGAACGGUCCAUUUAGGACUCAAUUACGUUGCAGAUAUCUGUCCGCCUUUGAUAGAGGCCAAGAGUUCAGAAACUGGCAAAACCCAUUCAACAGACGAUUCGCUACUUUUAUUGCCAGGUCAACUGCAAGAUGACCCCCAAUCUGCUGAGACCCUUAUCCAUCACUGA